UGUCCUUCCAAAAUAUUUAAUCUCAUUAUAUAAACAUGGCGUUGUCUCCACGAAAAUUAGCUUCGAAUUUUACAAACUUUACUGCGAAUAGGGGCGUAGAAGCAAAUGAGGAGGAGAUUGCCAACACUUACUUAGAAGCGGAGAGUGGUGCAGCGCUGCAGUCGAGUACCAGUGGCGGUGUGGGCUGCAGCUGCGACCGCGAGGAGUGCCGCGCCGCCGGGGACUGCUGCUCCCCUCCGACCGCCGACACCGUGCACAACUCAACUGACUCAUACCUCCAGGUGUUGGUGCACAAGCAGAGACGACACCGUCCGGGUCUAGGUGCUGCUGCGCGACAGAAAUCUCGUCUGCCUGAAGCCUCCAGUCCGGAGCAACGAUCUUUGCGUGCAGCACAAGUUAGAGAAGAAUUAGUAGGCAAUGCCGGCACAGGGCAGACGUGCAGUGCAGGUCAGGCGUUAUUAUUCACAUGCCCCUUCACAGCCGCUCUGCAUCAACGCUCAUGGGCGGAGUUUCAGCGUUCCAUUUUAAAUUCGAUACGAGAUAAAGAUGCUGAUUUGUUGAAGAGCAGCGCUCCGGCAGAAAACAACCGCGGGGAAGUGACACGUCAGCAAAGCGAACAAAAAGAAACAGCUGCGAUGAAGAGUAAGAAUAAUAUAAGAUGGAAGAGCAUGGGUGAUAUACUACGGCGGGGACAGCGUGACAUUUUGUCUGCAGACGAAGGCCCAGAACGUGUUGAAAUUUAUUAUUUUGAAGAUGACGUCGAAAUGCUCAGUUCCCGAAGCGGGGGCGCUGAGACAAGCGUGGAGCGAGCGACUGCCAGUUUCAGGAGUGCUGCCGCGCGAAUUCUUGCAGAAGUGCUCGCUGUGCCACGUCUGCUUAUAAUGAUACCAAUUCAUCUUGUUUUAUCCCUUGAAAAAUGCGUGUUAUCGACGGUGCGCGUGGCGGCUUGCGGCGUGCUGCAGGGCGUGUCGGACGAGGCGCUGAAGCCGGCUCUCGCUGUUGCGCACAACGCGCUGUUCCAGCCCGCGGCUGCUGCCGUGUCGCACGCUUGCGCCGCGCUCCGCCAGGUGGCGCGACCGCUGUGGCUGGCUGCGGGCGACGCGCUCGAGCCGCUCGCCCGUGUUCUCGCCAGCGUGCAACUAAUUCGCGUCGAAACUCGAUGUCACUGCUCGCACGCUCACACAAUCUAAUCUUCAAUAAAUAUCAACAUCGUAUUAUGACAAAAUAAAAUGCAUUAGGUAUA